CAAGAAUGUCCUUCUUCUCUAAACUCAUCCACACCCUUUACUAUCUGACAACACGCAUCUCUACCACUUACAAACAAUGUCUUCACAACCUAUUCGCAUAGGUCUGAUUGGCCUAGGUCGCCAGACAGGUCACAACGUCCCCGGGCUUUGGGCCAUGAUGGCUCACCUCCCAUUCCUCCUCUCCUCCCCCAAAUACCAAAUAACUGCCGUCGCAAACUCCACCACCGCCUCAGCCCAAGCAGCAAUUGACCACCACAAUCUUGGCCCCAACGUCAAAGCCUACGGCAAUCCCACUGAUCUGGCCCAAGACCCCAACGUUGACAUGGUCGUCGUCUCCGUCAAAGUAGGAGCUCAUUACGCUCUCUCUAAACCCGCUCUCCUGGCUGGAAAAUCCCUCUUCGUAGAAUGGCCCCUCGGCGCCUCCCUCUCCGAAGCCCAAGAGCUCGCCACUCUAGCCGCAACCCACGGCUCCAAGACUGUCGUCGGCGUCCAAGCCCGUGCAUCUCCUCUCGUUCUCAAAAUCAAAGAACUAGUAACAUCAGGCAAAAUCGGCAAAGUGCUCUCCUCAACGGUCAUCAGUUCCUUCGGCGGGCUACCAGCUGCCCAGUGGCCGCAAGGAGCUGAGUAUUAUCUCGACAUGAAUUCUGGCGGAAAUCAGUUCACGAUCUUCUUCGGGCAUUUCUUGGAUACUUUUACACACGUUCUCGGAGAUUUCGCGAGUCUGACGUCGAGCAUGAGGUGCGAUUACCCGAGUAUUGAUAUUGUGGACUCAGCUGGGACGGUGGUGCAAAAAGGGUACCAGAAAACGAGUCCAGAUCAUGUACAAGUGUCAGGGAAAUUGGUGAGCGGUGCGAAUGCGAGUAUUGUGUUCUACACAGCGCCAGGAGAGGCGGUCGAUGGAGUGGGAGUGAGGUGGGUAAUUACAGGGACGGAGGGGCAGAUGGAGAUUAUUACUCAAGAGAGACAGUGGCAGAUGGGCGCGCCGGGGACGAAGCUUAGGGCUAGACUCGGGAGAGGGGCGGGGAUUGUAGAGGUGAAUUUCGAGGAUGUGGAAGAGGAGAAGGAGGUCAGGGAGGCGGCGUUUCCGGGGACCAAUACGGCGAGGUUGUAUGAUGCUUUUGCGGAGGAGAAGAGGGAUGUAUAUGCUGAUUUUGAGAGCGCGGUGAAGACUCAUGCGUUGUUGGAGUGGAUUAAGAGGGAGGCUGGAUGGUGAAAAGGAGGCUUUAGCGAGUUUGAUAAAUUUGAAAAAAAAAGAUUGAAAUCAAUUAUUUUUUAUAGAUCUAAGAGACAAAAACUCC